UAUAAUUUCAAGCGGUUUGGCACAAGUAGUGGUUGUGCUCAAACAAACGGAAUACUUUCAUUCUUAUAGUUGCGACAAGGUCUUCCCCUCCAUCGAGCACAAUCCAGGGCACAAACACGCACCAAAAAAAGAAAAAAGUAAAGAGACUCCAUAUUCUUCAUCUUAAGGUUUGUACGGUUUCCCAUCACUCAGUUAAGGUGGAAGAUAUGAAGAUGGGAACAAGAUGGAAGGGAAAGAACAACGCAUCCAUUGCCAAAUCCAAUCCCAUGUCGCAAAUCGUCGCCCAGCUCCAAUCCGCCCUCUCAAAAUCCGAAGCACAAGCAAUGCUCGUCGACCAAACUGCACUAUUCGAAGCUACGCCAGACCUCGCGGACUUGCUCAAUCGCUCAUGCUUCGGCCGAGAAAUCACAACCCACAACAAAACCGAACUAUGGUUUCAGUUCACUCUAGAAGAGGCCUUGUUCUUGAACCAAAACCUUCAAGCUCUCACCAUCAUAACCGACAAGGAAUGCAAAGUAAACAACGUCCAAUUGUGGCAAUACAUGAAAUCCAAGAAAGCGAAAUUCCCCGAGCUAUACAAGGCUUACGAGCAUUUACGAGCGAAGAAUUGGGUAGUGAGGCCGGGGACUCAGUAUGGGGGGGAUUUUGUGGCGUAUCGACAUCAUCCAGCCCUUGUGCAUUCGGAGUUUGUGGUGCUUGUUAUGACAGAAGGCGAUGACGAUGAUGGGAGUAAUGGGAGAUUGAGAGUGUGGUCCGAUUUGCAAUGUGGGCUUAGAGUAUGUGGGAGCGUGGCGAAGACGUUGUUGGUUCUCAGUGUGAAUAAGAAUGGGAGUGAAUUGAGUUCGCCGUCGUGUUUGGAUGAAUUCAGUGUCGAAGAGAAUGUGGUAGAGAGAUGGGUGGCUGAACAAUGUAGGGAGGAGAAUUUGUCAGGUAAGGGUAAGAGUUCGAUGGUGGCAGAGCAACUCUAGGGGAAUUGCUCUGGUGAGGACGAGGAUUGUUCAUGAAGAAUGCGCAAACAAAUAAGUUGACUCGACCAGCUGGACGAAGCCUAAAAUAUAAUGAAGUUUGGAUUGUAUGGGGCUGAGCAAAAGUUUAGGUGUUUCUUGAAGCUGUAAAUAUUUAGCUAUUUAGUCUAUGGCUGAAAUUUGGUUAAAAUUCUGUGGAACGUUCUUGCAAAAAUCCUGGGAAAAUGCAUUUGUAGUUGAGAGAGGAGCAAUUUCUUUCUAUGGCUGGAAUUUGGUAAAAAUUCCAUGGAACGUUCUUACUGAAAACAGGGGAAAAUGCAAUUGUAGUUGAGAGAGAAGCAAUUUCUUUCUCUGAUCUUGUCAUGAAACUGAAAGUAACGUUGAUAAUAUAUUGAUA